UUUAAACCAGUGUCUUUUGGAAUUCAUCAUGAUGUGUAAUAAAAAAUCCAUUUUUGGAUUUGAAGUAGCUUUCAGCACUUAUUCCUCAAAGCAAGCAUGCCAGCAGUACUUUGAAACUUAGAUUCUGUCAGAACUGAAGCUCUACAAGAUACAUUUUAAGUGGAAAAGGCUUGUGGAUGUGUUGGGUGAGGGUGGCAUUCAGAUCUUUAUAUUAAAUCCUUCCAAACUUUAGUUAGGAGCAACAUUCUGGACUUCUUUUCAGAGUGAUGUUGCUCUCAGACAUCCUGCAUAAAUGAAUGAUUAUGAAGCUUUUAGACUUUGAGGAGGGAAUGAGUAAUCAACACCUGGCUGGUUGGAUUUGCUGCUCAUAUCAGGAGUCUUCUGUAUGUUCUGCUGCUGCAGCCAUCCUUUUGUUUGCUUCAGACAUUGGCUGUUCCAUCUCUUGCUCUAGAGCUUUUGCCAACUCUUGCAAAAGAAUAUAUGAUCUCUCCCGUUUUUUUUUUCUCUGCAAGAUUUAAUUUGGUGUAAAAAUGAAGAGAAUAAGCAGCCCCUUGCACCUCCUGGUAAAGCGUUUCCUCACUUUGUGUAAAGACAGGAGCAGCCUGUGUAGUAAAAGUGGAAACACAAAUGGAACAGCCGUGUGCUCUUUUUAGGACACAUCAAGUCAAUGUGUGUAUUGUGACCCGAACUCAAACAAAGAAAACAGGAAUGUGAAAUAUGGGUGGCUUACAUGUGUACUUUAGUAAUUACUUUGUUUCUUUACUGCUUGUCUUCCAAGUAAGUUUGUCAUCCUAGUGAAAAUCAAGAGGAAGAAAUCUUUGUUACCAUCUUGGUGCGUUGCUUUCUGUAAAGUUCUCUUGCUUUGUUCAUACAGGCUGUUACAUCACACAAGCAGGUUGUACUUUUGUGAUGUCAGUUUAUGCUGCAUGGAUACUGUAACAUGCUAGUGAUAUAUAGGGCUGUCUAUCCUUAGUGACAUCUAUCCUGAUGACAGGGGGAGUGUCAAGGGAAGGGAGGAAUUAGGGCUGGUAUUAGGCCCCUGUCCUUAUAAUGGUACCAACCUUUGUUAAGAGGAAAGCCUCAGGCUUUCCCAGUCAGUAACAACUGCAUGCCUGGGUCUUCCUCGCCUCUGCAGACCUUUAGCUUGCAGCUCAGGCUAGCUGAAACUAAUGAGAUAUUUUCACUACCUCAAUGCCAGAAUGACUUCACUCUGAAGCAGCUUAAGUCUGAUUUAGAAUUAUUGACUGGGAUCCCCUUUCAUUUCCAGCGGCUUCACUACCUGGAUGAAAUGGAUCUGCCAGACGAUUCUACGCUUAUGGACAAUGAUGUUGUCCCUGGUGGAACGAUUACAAUGCGCAUCUGGAGACAAGAUGGCUGGGGGCAUCUCGUGGCAGCUGCUGCGAAAGGACACACAAUGAAGCUGGCCCAGCUGGGAGUUACAGAAGAGUAUGCUGGCACUUCUCCAUAUGCAAAGAUUCUGGGACCAGAGCAGAAAAAGGAGUGGGUAGCGCACCGUGCUUUUGUGGCUCUGUUUGUUGCCAGCCACAGAGGUCACGUUAAUACUGUGAAGUUUCUCCUGAGUCAUGGUGGAGAAUGCAUUUGGCCCAUCAGUUCUGAUGUAGACUUGAAAACAAUCAAAACUGCUCUUGCUAAUUGUAACAAGUUUGAUAUUAAAGUGGGUAAACUCAGAAUGGAAAACAGGAAUGAGAAUUUUUUACUUCCUUGCUUUUGAGCCUCAGUUAUUUCUUGCUAUUUUCUUGUUAUCUAAAGAUGUUUGGUUUUUAUUGGUCUUGUGCAGUGCUUUACAGUCAAGCAGUACAAGCAGAGUUGCAAGUUCUGCUUCCAUGGCUCUGACAUUUGGGCUCUUUGUCUUUCCUGAAAAAUACACGUUUGAACAAGGGACAGCCUUUUGGGUUCACUCAGAUCACUUAUCUUGAAGAAAGGAACAUGUAGCUGUUAACUGCUUUCUAUAAUUGAAAUGGAGCACAGAGGAAGAAAUCCCACCUUGUCCAGCAGUGGUCCUUCCAGCCCAGGUUCAGCCUGGCCCUCUUAAAUCUUGUUGAAAGAUGAUGCUGGUUUCUUCCAGUGAGAACUCCCAGUGCAGGAGUAAUGGCAGUGCUCAAUUGCAAUGUGACUUUCUGUGAGCUCUGGCCCACGGGUGCCACUGCCCCUUUCUGUGAGUCCUGUCACACUCGCGCUCCGUGUGUU